AUUCAUCAGGGAGUUUCUGGAGGGGAGGCAUUUGUUAUUGGCUGUCUCCGGACCUCAAGGAUAACAUUCCUGUCCUUUCCAUUGGCCGCCCCGCUGCUGCAAGCCUCUUCCCGUCUUAUUUUGAUGAUGAAUAUGAAGGCAUGCUAAGCUGUGCCGGAGAGCAGCUCUCGCCGACUACACUCCCACCCCGGGCUCAAGGACUCCAGAGCUCCCCGGCUGCUUCCCCUGCCCACUGCCAGCAGCAGCAGCAGCAGCAAGAGCAGCAGCAGCAGCAGCAGCAGCAGCAACGCCAAAAGUUGUGAUGCUUUUCUUCACCCAGUGCUUUGGGGCUGUGUUAGAUCUUAUUCACCUGCGGUUUCAGCACUACAAGGCAAAGAGGGUUUUCUCAGCUGCUGGGCAACUUGUCUGCGUCGUCAACCCAACACACAGCCUCAAGUAUGCACCGACCCGCUGUGCAGCUGCGCAGGCGUCCACGGAGCAAGGCAUCCUUCCUCCCUGCCAUCACCACGAAGUGGUGCAUGACCCCCAGCUGGUCCCCUGCACAUGCCCACUCUUCUCCUGCCCGUGGGAAGGGCAUCUGGAGGUGGUGGUGUCCCACCUGAGGCAGACCCACCGCAUCAACAUCCUCCAGGGCGCGGAGAUUGUCUUCCUGGCCACGGACAUGCACCUGCCCGCACCCACGGACUGGAUCAUCAUGCACUCUUGCCUUGGCCACCAGUUUUUGCUGGUCCUCAGGAAGCAGGAGAAGUAUGAGGGCCACCCCCAGUUCUUUGCCACGAUGAUGCUGAUCGGCACGCCCACCCAGGCCAACAACUUCACCUACCGGCUGGAGCUCAACAGGAACCAGAGGCGCCUCAAGUGGGAGGCGACCCCCAGGUCAAUCCUGGAGUGCGUUGACUCUGUCAUUUCGGACGGGGAUUGCCUUGUGCUGAACACUUCCCUGGCUCAACUCUUUUCUGACAAUGGAAGCCUAGCGAUAGGAAUUGCGAUAACCACCAGCAAAGCUCACAGCUCCGAAGCUGAAAUGUGAUGGGGAGGAGGAAGAGGAGGAGGAACAACAGCAACAACAAUGGUGCUCUAGCUGCCUUCUGGGAGCCAGAACUCGUGGACUUUUUAUGGGGGGGUCUCGGGUCUUUUAUGGUAUUUAGUACUCGUCCACAGUGGGCAUUAUGUAAACAUCCCGUGGUUACGGUCCCUGCGUCAUGUAUUUACCAUUUUGCUAAUACAAUUUUAUGAGAAAUUUUAAAGAGGCUAAUCAAUUUAUUGUCACCGUCCAGCAGCACUGGAAACAACACUUGUCAAUGAAAAGUGCACCCAGGGUGACUUGCAGAAACCUUUGGUCUGACCAUGCUAUGCAAAUAUGUUUCCUUCAUUGCCUGCCUAAUGGACCAGAGGUAUUCCACAACGGGACAAGAGCACCCAGGUUUCCAUAUUAGUGAGAGUGACUUAACUCCUGUAUUUUGGGCAAAGCCAAGCCCUGCAGGAGGUGGCAGUUUCAGAGCUCCCUUCAGCUUCUGAGGAAACAACUUUCUCACCCAAACAGUGAAAGCUUAGAAGAAAAAGUCACCCCUUCUGCUGAGCAGAGGGCUUGGAAGCCUCAUCCUGCAUUAAACUGGGAGUGGCAGCUAGUGGUUGGUCACUGUGAGCAUGGUUAAAUCUCACUCUCGUAUCAUAAACAGCAGGGAGAGAUUGCUAGAUGGUCUGGCCGGGGGAUGGAUAUAACCAUACCCAGCCAUUGGGGCAUUCAUCUUUUUAGCUGCUGUUUCUUUAAGCAUUCAAAAAGAGAUUUUCAGAAAAUAAAGCAUAAGAAGGGUCUUAAGCUGGAUACUGAUCUUGCUACUGAAUUCUGUGCCAGUUAGACCCUCAGUUUGUGCUGCUAAAUAUUGAUGCACAGCAAUAUAGAUAGGACACCUAUUUGUAAAUGUGCUUUGAGAUUUGACAGGCACUUCUUUGAAAAAAAACUCAACAAUUUUUUGCCUUGCAUACAUUUGGUGGGGUGGUGGUGGUGAGGGGUGACUGUCGCUUUCUUCUCCUGAGGGUGUUUCACACACAGUGAUGGUCACAAAAAGACACA